GAAAUCACAGGCCAAGUAAAUAUUAUAUUUUUACAAGAGAAAGUUUGAAUCCACUAUUUUCUAUAGAACUACUUUAUAUGGUAACAUACUAAGACGAGAAAUAUUUUUAUAUCCAGAUACAUCUAGCAUACCAAGAAAAAACUUUAAAGUAGUUUUAAAAAACGGUCUAAGCUUUGACUAGUUCCAGUCUAAGUUCCAAUUGCAUUGUAAGGUAGUAAGGGUUGCUUACCAAAUUCGAAAGGUGGUCUUAACCACUCUCUUAACUAUACAGGGUAACUCCAGACUACAACAAAUUACUAACAACAUCACCACAGCAACCAUGCAACUUCUUGUUUGAUCAAUAUCUACAAACUGUCAACUAAAACGAGAAAGUAAACAAUAGUUCACUUAAUUAGAAAACUCUUAAAAGAAGGUAGAAAACUCAAACGUACAAAAAAAUUCAAAUAGAAAACCAGAAACCAUAGGAAAAAAAGCUUUGCUGAACAAUCGAAGAAAAAACUAAAAAUGUCGCUUUUCGAAAAUCCUGAUAGCAUACGCAUGCUGCGCGAUUUACUCACACCCCCCGAGGAGCGAGACAAUUCGGACACCGACGUCGAUGAGCCGGUCGCCAGCACCACCAAGCAAUGCAACAAUUUCACGCCCGCACAUUUUGGCAGCAGCAACAGCAAUGCAGUUGCCAGCAAGCAAAAACAAGCGCGCGGAGGAGAAUCAACCGAACGCCCGACAUUGCCAACAAGCAUCGAAGAAUGGCAAAAGCAGCAGGAGCAGAUGGACAAUGAGAUUUUAGAGACGCGCCGGCGACCCGAGUACAGCAUGACCUAUCGGCAAGCGGUGGGCACCGAGGACCUCUAUCUGCAGAUGGGCAAUCGCACUAAUGCCACGGCCAGUUGUGAGGAUUUGUUGCUCGAGAUACUGCUGCCGGACGAGACGACACCGGCGGAUAAAAUGGAUUUGUCAAUUACCGAAGAUGAAGUGGAUUUGGCGACGCCAAUUUAUCGCCUCAAAUUGCCACUGCCGCACAAGGUAAACGUGGACCGCUGUCGGGCCAAAUAUGUGGCCGAGCUGCGCAAACUCUGUCUGACAUUGCGACUGCAACGUGAAUUCGAUUAUGUGAACUUUUAGAAAGGCCAAGCGCUAAGCUGCUCAACGCUCGAUAGUCGCUGCACUAAAACAACAACAACUAAAAUGACAACAACCACAGCAAAAUGUAAAGUAAAAAUGACAUUGCACUGCAGUGGAUUUGUUCUUCGCUCUAUUUUGUAUGCAAUAAAUUUUAUUGAGCAGCUAAUAAA